GCUUUCCGCUGCUCUCGCCAAUCAGACGCACAGCUCACGGGGGACGCUCUCCACGCGCGUGAGGCGGGCUGGCGGCGUCCCGGUAGCGAUGGAGCGGGACCGGGCAGAGCUGGUGUCUGCCUUCUGCCACAAAACUUCAUCUUUGGAGCGGGUGGAGGAAGAAGGUGAUGACGAUGAGGAGAAUGAUGAAUUGGACAUCUUUGGGGGUUACGACACCCUCACGUGCUAUAACAGCAGCAUGGGCAGUGACAGCAGCUCCUGUCUGGAGGAGUCCAGCGAUGAUGAGGUGCCAGAGAGGGAAGCUGGAGAGUUCUCGACCUCUCUGAUGCACCAGCCAUCCACAGGCCGGCUCACAGAAGACAGUGGCUCUGAGCCAGCUGUGUGCGAAAUGUGUGGGAUUGUGGGCACCAGGGAGGCUUUCUUCUCCAAGACCAAACGUUUCUGCAGCGUCUCCUGCUCCAGAAGCUACUCCUCAAAUUCCAAAAAGGCCAGCAUCCUGGCCAGACUGCAGGGGAAACCACCAACAAAGAAAGCUAAAGUUCUGCACAAGGCAUCCUGGUCAGCCAAGAUCGGGGCCUUCCUCCAUUCGCAGGGCACGGGACAGCUGGCAGAUGGGACACUGACAGGUCAGGAUGCACUCGUCCUGGGCUUUGACUGGGGAAAGUACCUACAGGAGCACGGCUACAAGGCAGCUCCUGUCAGUUGCUUCAAACACGUGCCACUCUUUGAUCAGUGGGAUGAUGUGCUGAAAGGUAUGAAGGUGGAAGUGCUGAACAGUGAUGCUGUGCUCCCCAGUCGUGUGUACUGGAUUGCAUCUGUCAUCCAGAUUGUAGGAUACAGGGCCCUUCUGCGAUAUGAGGGCUUUGAGAAUGAUGCUGGUCAUGACUUCUGGUGCAAUUUGGGCACAGUAGAUAUUCACCCCAUUGGCUGGUGUGCCGUUAACAGCAAAAUCCUGGUACCACCACAAACUAUCCACGCCAAGUACACUGACUGGAGAAGUUACCUCAUGAAAAAACUGGUGGGAGCUAGGACCAUCCCAGUGGAUUUCCACAUAAAGAUGGCAGAGAGCAUGAAGUACCCGUUCCGGCAGGGCAUGCGGGUCGAGGUGGUGGAUAAGAACCACGUGUCCCAGACACGUAUGGCAGUGGUGGACACAGUGAUUGGGGGCAGACUGAGACUCCUCUAUGAGGAUGGUGACAGUGAUGAUGACUUCUGGUGCCACAUGUGGAGUCCCCUCAUCCAUCCUGUGGGCUGGUCAUGGAGAGUUGGCCAUGACAUAAAGAGGUCAGAUGAAAAACGUAAUGACAUGGCAAAUCAUCCCACCUUCAGGAAGAUUUACUGCGAUGCUGUGCCCUAUCUGUUUAAGAAGGUACGAGCUGUCUAUUCUGAAGGUGGAUGGUUUGAGCGAGGCAUGAAACUGGAAGCCAUUGACCCCCUGAAUCUGGGCAACAUCUGUGUGGCCACUGUUUGCAAGGUUCUCUUGGAUGGGUAUCUCAUGAUCAGCAUUGAUGGAGCAACAUCUGAUGAUGGUUCUGACUGGUUCUGCUAUCACGCCUCCUCACAUGCCAUCUUCCCUGCCAACUUCUGUAAGAGGAACAACAUCGAGCUGACCCCUCCAAAAGGGCAUGAAGCAAAGACAUUCAGCUGGGAACGUUACCUGGAAGAGACCAAGUCAAGACCUGCUCCAUCACGGCUCUUCAACACAGACUGUCCCAACCAUGGCUUCAAGGCAGGCAUGAAGGUGGAGGCAGUGGACCUGAUGGAACCCCGACUCAUCUGUGUGGCCACGGUGAAGCGUGUAGUCCAACGUCUCCUUAGCAUCCAUUUUGAUGGCUGGGACAACGAGUAUGACCAGUGGGUGGACUGCGAGUCUCCAGACAUUUAUCCUGUGGGGUGGUGUGAGCUGACAGGCUACCAGCUUCAACCACCAGUGGUUCCAGAGCCCACAACUGCAGCGAAGGCCAAGGAGGUGCCCAAGAAGAGGAAGAAACCCUAUGGAAAGAAGAGAAAAAAGUUACCUGCCAAAGCCCGCAGUGUCAAGCAGACUGUCAAGAAGCCUUCUGCUAUGAAUUCAAAACGAGAAGCAAAAGCUGCCAGCCAGGCUUUGCCAGAGCCAGCACCUGAUGAGAUCAUUGCUGUCCAGGUGAAAGAAGAAACCAUUGACCCUUCAGAUGCAGAAUUUGGAGAGACAGAGCUUCCCAUUCCCAUCAGCAGCAUAAAGCAGGAGGACACAGACUGAUCUGGAGCAUUCCACAGCUGCCUGCAGCAGCUUUACCUUGUGGCUCUUCAGGGAAGGUCCUGGCAAAGGGAAACAGAGGACCAAAAGGGCCUUCUUUUUUUAAAGCAGACCACCCUGUGUCAUCGUAACUCUGCUUUCCUGGUGUGCAAGAAAAUUUCCCCCAGACUUGUAAUAUUAAGCCCUAGGAAACAGCAGAAAGACUGCAGGCGUGCCACAGAGCACAACCUGCGUGGCUGCUUGUAGUUGUGCAUGCCUGAUUUUAAAGGCACCUUUUGGAUCAGGAGCUCAAAACAGGGAAAGAGGCUGCCAGAGCACAAAAGGCCAGUUUGGGUUCUUAGCUUUGACUGGAGGUGACAAGUGAUGAGUGCAGGACGUAUCAGGAAAGGAGCUGUAGGACUUUGCUGCCCCUGUAGGACUUUGAUGCUGUGCUCUCUGGUCUAAGUGCUGCGAACCCCAAGAAAAUCAGGACAGGAAGAGUGGAAAGAGGUGAAGAAACAAAAAGAGAUGAUGAUACCUGCUGAAGAAGUGAGACCUUUUUUCAUAGAAUCAUAGAAUGGUUUGGGUAGGAAGAGGACCUUAAAGAUCUGAAGAUCCUCACCUACUUUCAGUACCCCUGCUGUGGGCAGGGACACCUCGCACUAGACCAGGUUGCCCAGAGCCCCAUCUGACCUGGCCUUGAAUACUUCCAGGGAUGAAGAAUCCACAACCUUCCUGGGCAACCAGUGCCUCACCACCCUCACAGUAAAGAAUUUUUUCCUAAUGCAUAAUCUAAAACUACUGUCUUUCACUUUGAACCCAUUCCUCCUCGUGCUGUCACUACAUGCUCUUGUAAAUGGUCUUGUCUCAUCUUGUCUGUAUGCUCCCUUCAGGUAUCAGGAGACUGCAGUUAGAUUACCUUGAAGUCUUCUUUUUUCCAGAGUGAAAAAUCCCAAUUCUAUCAGCAUUUUCUCAUUGGAGAGGUGUUCCAUCCCUUUAAUCAUUUUAGUGGCCUCCUCUGGACUAUGUUCUUUUUUGUGCAGAGGACCUCAGAGCUGGAUGCAGCACUGCAGGUAGGGCUCAUCAGAGCUGAGGGGGAGAACCCCCUCCCUCACUCUGUUGGCCAUGCUGCUUUUGGUGCUUUAACACAUCUCUUGAUGCUUGAUUGGCUUUCUGUGCUGUGAGUGCACACUGCUGGGUCAUGUCCAGCCUCUCAUCCACCUGUAUCCCCAGAUCCCUUGGCAAGACUGUCCUUGAUCCCUUCAUGCCCCAGUUGGUGUUGAUACCAGGGUUUGCCCCAACCCAGGUGCAGCACCUUGCACUGGGUCUUGUUAAGCUUCAUGAGAUUUCCAUGUGCCCACUUUUGAGUCUGUUCAAAUCCCUAUGGCUGGCAUCCCAUCUUUCAGGUGAGUGAAGAGCACCAAUCAGCUUGGUGUUAUCUGCAAGCUUUCUGAGGGUGCACUUGAUCCUUUAGUCUGUGUCAGUAAUGAAGAUAUUAAAAAACACUGGUCAGCAUACAGACCCCUGAGGGACACCACUGGUCACUGAUGCCCACUGGGACUCUCAGCUGUUGACCACUACCCUCUGCAGGCAACCAUCAAAACAAUUCCUAAUCCACCAAACAGUCCACCCAUGGAACCCAUCAAUCCAGUUUGGAAGGAAUAGUUGUGGGGGACUGUGUUAAAAGCUUUACAGAAGUCUGCCUGGCUCAAGAAGCUAUCUUGCGUGCAUUGCAGAGUCUCCUGGAUUGCCUGCAGUUUACCUUGGUACUUUCCCAGUAGCUGUCAAGGUGGUUGAAGUCCCCCAGUAGGUUUGGAGUGUGUGAGCACGGUGACUCCUGUAACUGGGGCAGGAAGGCUUUGUCAAUAGGCUCCCCUUGGUCAGGCAGCUGUAGCAGACCCUGGCUGCAUCGUUCCUUUUGUUGCCUCAGUGUCUGAUUUUUACCCACAGUCUUUCAGCUUCUCCAUGGCUGUUCUUCAGAGACAGCUCUUCACACUCAGUGCGCCUCUUGACAUAGAGGGCAACCCCUCCACCUCUCCCUCCUUUCUGUCUCUUCUGAACAGCUCAUAGCCAUUGAUAGUCACAUUCCAGUCACACAAUUUGUCCCACCAAGUUUCAGUAACAGCAACAAGGUCAUAACUGUCCAGCAGCAUGGUGGCAUCCAGCCCCUCCUUUGGUUUGUUGCCCAUUCUGUGUGCUUUGGUGUAAAAGCUCCUUGGCCAGGCUGUUGGCUGCAUCACCUUCCCAGAGGAACACCCUUCAAUUCCUUUGAGAUAUUUCCCUGCUGGUAUCCCUGUUGGCUUCUGUUACCUCAGGAGUCCCUGGGUCACCUCUGUAAGACUACAGGUGUGCUCCACCAUGUCUACUACCUCUUCAAGUCACCUGCAGAGGGCCUCACUAGCACCCUGUCCCUUUAACCUUUUCAUACUAUUCUAUGGCUUGCCAGGGAAGAACCUGAAAUUGUCCCACUCACAUCUGGUUUAAGCAAGGAAUUGGAUUACCCAAGAAGGAAUUUAGGAGGAUUCACCCACAACCAUAAAUACCUUUGGUGAUAGCUCUUUGAGGCUUACUGUGAGGGACAAUCAGGGAACAUCUUUCACUGCACUGAUUGGUGUGAUCUACUCCCCAGAGGAAGCCAUGGGACUUCGGACCUCACCUACACUGAGUUCUUUAGUUUAAGGCCCAUCUCACCAAAUUAGGCAGGCUGCUGCCCAAGAUUCUCUUACCCUUUAUAGACAGGUGGAUCCCAUCCAUCUAACAUGUUCCAAUCAUUAAAGCACACCCACCCUAAUACGUUACAAUCAUUAAAGCACACACCAUUGUCACAAAAGCCAAAACUUCCAUGGCACUGGCCUCAAAACCAGAUCUCAUGUGCACUAUGUGUCUGCUUCUGUAAUUUCUUGCUUUUGAACCCAGAAUUGCAGAGGACUUGGUGCAUGGUUUGAGUUUUUAAAUUUUUUAACAGUUGUACUAUAAAUUUGGUCUACGAUUGAUACCCUAAAGCCCUAUAACCAGCUUCAGGAAGAGGCCCAAGGCUUGCAUAUUGCUUUCCAGGCCACCAAAAUCUGGAGUUAGAUAAACAUAUCUUUAUCUGUACAUUUAUCUUUCAGAGCCUUUUCAAUUUAAGCAAACUUCUGGG